AACCCGAUUGGAGCGUCAAUGAAGCCCUCGCGCGGUCUCGACACCUCUUAUAAACCCCCAGAGCGCAGUAAGCGAGGAUACAGCCUGACUGCAGGGACUGGAGCGACAAGUGGCUGCGGGAAAACAACACCAAUGUGUCGGAGCGGGCAGAGGAUGAUGAUGCUGCCGCCUUGCUUACUUGUGGCGUGCUUGCUGCUUGGAUUCGGCCGGGCCGCCUUGUCUUGGACCGGGGAGACCCCGCUGCUGCAGCCUGGGAAUGCGACUCCCAACCUCGACUCCUUCCACACUAACGUCCCAAGCGAGGAUGAUGACGGCGGCGAGACAGCCUCCACCGGCCCGGCUCUUAAACCGGAGGAUCCCGGAUUAAUCUGCUACGAGGAUAGAAUGACACUCAAGCUACCCGGCACUGGCGUGAAGGCGCUCCGUGUGCGAGUGAAGAAUCGACUCCUUCCAGUGGCGAGCCUGGCCGGGUUUUGCAAGUACAGCGUGACGUUUAGUGGGGGCUACAGCUUGUUCUCGACGUCAUUCAAGGGCUGCAACGUGAAGAUACAGGAAAUCAACGGGAUCUCCUCCUUUGUGCUCACCGUGUUCUUCGCAAGGAGAGGGGGUGCAGGGCUGGUGAUGAGGUGUCCACAGAGCACCCCCAAACUUCUCCCCAGCGCAGCCUGUGGGGUCACCACUGUGACCUUUGAACUGCCAGAGGGACCCCUAGAGGAGGUCACAAUCAUAGACCGGUCUGGUUUGGAGAUGCUGAUCAAAGACGCCCCAGAUGAAUGUGCUUUCUACCUGAUGAAGGGAGACGGGAUGAAUGUGCUCACAAUCUCUUACUAUGCCAAGGAUGAAGGCUGUCCUCUUCAAACACAGAACAAUACCCUGGUCUUCCAUGUGACGUACAAGGACGCGGAGGGACGGCCAGGCUCCAUAGAGCAGGAGUGUCUCCCAUUCGAACCCCCUGCUGUCUGUGGCCCCUCCAGCAUGAGUACAGAUCUUCCAGAGGGGCCACUAGACCAGGUCUUCAUCCUGGAUGGGAAGAACAACCUGGUUGCUGUGAAGGCCAAUGGCAGCUGUGGCUAUGGGCUGGUCCAGGGGAUUGGGAAGAACUACUUUAUGGCUCCUUACGAUGCUUGUGAUGUGCUGAAACAGAACAUUGACGGCCACGUCCAUUACUCGCUGUCCGUUUCCUUCUUUGAUGUAAACGAGGUGACUCGCUUGAGGCAUAUGAAGUGCCGUGUCUUGGCUAAGCGUGAGAUCCUCCCUCCCCACCCUGCUGGUGUCUCGGUCUCCUGCAGUGAGGGGUGCAUGACAGUGCUGCUGCCUGCCGGUCCUCUCAACCUGGUCAAAGUCAAGGAUGACUCCAAUAAUCUGGUUGGGGUGCAGUCUGCACCAAGUGCUUGUGGCUACACUCUAGAGGAGAAGGAUGGAAAGACCGUCUUCACAGUGUCUUACACGGCCUGCCAUGUCAAGACCUUGAAUAACUUGUAUGUCCUGACGGUGCUCUUCACCCCCUACUCCUCUCGCCAGAGGGAGGUGACGGUAUCAUCCUGCCCUGUACCCCCAAAUUCCAUCCCCCAAGAAGGCUGUCUGAUCCCAGCUGAGCAGCAGCUUCCCUGUGGCCCCUCUAAGCUCUCUCCAGCGCUGUGCCGGGCUAGAGGCUGCUGCAUGAACCCCAAAACCCGCCGCUGCUUCUACCCUCUAGAGAUGUGCACGGCAGACGAGCAGUUUGUGUUUGCUGUUUACCGCAAGUCUUUCAAUCCUGAGGUCAACCCUGCCAGUCUGGCCCUCGCUGGGGACCAGUCCUGCCUCCCAGUUCUCUGCACUCCAGACUAUGCCAUCUUCAAAUUCCCAGUCACUGGCUGUGGGACCCGCACCUUUGUUGUGGGGGAGACUAGAGUCUACCUGGCUGAGGUGCAGAGCUUGAUCCAACGCAGGCAGUGGACCUACGGGCUCGUAACCAGCGACAGUCCCUUUAGGCAAGUAUAUAGCCAGAGCUCUGCCCUUAUCGCAGGUAUACAUUGCUUUUUAGAUGGAGCCUCUAGUAAUGGUGUGGAUCACAGUCCUUCUGCUAUACUGUAUUCAGUGCUCCACUCUUUCUACCCCCAGUCUCCUUGUGGAAUGUCGUUAUUCUAAAGGGAACGUGGCCAGCACUGGGUUCCUGGUGAAGACCCCCACAGACCUCCGCCCUGCCCCUCACCUGGGGGUGUUUCAGGUGCAGUUACAGAUUGCUAAAGAUGGGACCUUCUCCCAGUUCUACCCCUCCUCCAGCCUGCCCGUGAGUCUCCUCCUGGGGAGCAGAGUUUACCUCGAGCUGCGUCUGAUCAACCCCACUGACCCCAGCCUGGUUCUGCUGGUGCACUACUGCAUUGC